AUUAUUAUUAGCUGUAGGAUUUCUACUGAACUUCCAGUUACAAACUCAACAGCAGGUUGUGGCCCUAAUGCUAGUGCUCAUGCAACACCAACAAGCUCGUAUGAGGAUGGCUAUGAUUAUGAGAAGGCGAAGAUUGAGACAGAAUAUUCAUCGCCGUUCACCUUGGUCUUGGACUCUUCCACGUCCGGCAGAAUCAUGGUUUGAAAUCCAUUUUUUUGACCGCAAUAUAUCUGAAGAUUACUUUAGGAAACAACUCUGCAUGAACAGAAAUACUUUCCAGGCACUGGUAGGAAUUUUGGAACAGCGAAUACGCAGAGAAGACACACGGCUGAGGGAUUGUAUUCCUCCGGAAAAAGUUCUAGCUAUAGGACUUUAUCGGCUAGCACACGGGAAUUCCUAUGUGAGUAUCGGUCCUGUGUUCAAUGUCGGUAAAUCUACUGUUAUUGAGGCUGUUCAAGAUGUUGUAGGAGCUUUAUUUGAGCUCAGAAAUGAAUACAUUCAUUUUCCUGAGACAUUAGCAGAAACAGCAGCUUCUAUAGAGACAUUUGCAGACCAUUCGGACCUACCUAACAUUGUUGGGGCUAUUGAUGGCACUCAUGUUAAAAUAAAUGCGCCUAAAGAAAGUAAAGUUGAUUACUUCAGCCGAUACCAGCAGUAUGAUUUUAUCAUUCAAGGUGUUGCCGAUGGAAAUCUGCYCUUUUUGGAUUUCUCUGCGGGCUAUCCAGGUAGUAUGCACGACGGAAGAGUGUUACGGAACAGUACUUUGUAUGGCAGGGCCGAACAAGGAGAUAUUCUCACUGUUCCUGUCGUAGACGUGAAUAACCAUGACAUUGGCCCCUAUUUAGUUGGAAACAGUGCAUAUCCCCUUUCCCCGUGGAUUCAAAAACCUUACMCAGAGGCAACAAGAGACAGAUCAGAGAUAAGAUUUAAUAAGGAACUUUCUAGCGCUAGAGUUAAAGUCGAAUGUGCGUUUGGAUGCCUAAAAUSGCGCUGGAGAAUUUUGUCUAAGCGCCUCGAUAGCAACAUUGAAUUUUAUGUGCAAAUUUCAAUAGCAUGCGCAGUCCUUCAUAACUUUUGUAUCAAAAUGGGUGACAACUGGGAUGAUAAUGGGCCAGGAAAUCAUAACGGGGAUGAUAACAAUGACGACGUGGAAAAAGAUGKCGAAGAGAUCCGCGAUAUUCUAAAGUCAUUUAUAUAGCUUUUCAAACAUACAAAAUGUUUUCCUAUACUAAAUAUUCAAAUAUAUAAAACACCAAAGCGUUUUGUUUCGAUGAAAACGGAACCRUAAAA